CUGUGUCAGGCAUGUCCCCCAGCAGCUGAUACCAGCUGCUCUAUAUAUAACCUGCAGGCCCUGGUCGCCGCAUCAGAGCUCACAGCCGCUACAAAGCGCCACAUGCUUUUUGCUUUCUGGAGCUGAGAAUGAACCCCAACCCCAUGAAGCCCAAAAUCCCCAGACCAGAGGAGAGCCAGCCAGCACAUGCGCUGUGGUUUGACAGAAAGAAAUAUGUAACCAUCAACUUUAUGGUUCACAAACCUAAAGAUGUCCAAGUUGACAUCCAGCCGGAUAAAAUGAUUUUAUGCUGCAAAAAUGACUCGGACGACGUGAUCUACAAUGAACUGUACUUCUACGACAAAGUUCUGAUCAAUGACUCCAGAGAAAGAGUCUACGACCGCACCAUCAAUGUCUUGCUAAGAAAGGUGAAGCCGGAUUACUCGUGGCCUCAUCUCCAGAAGGAUCCGGCCAAGCCCAGCUGGAUUUCUGUGGACUUUGAUAACUGGAGGGACUGGGAGCACGAAGAAGACGAGGGAAAGGAGGAGUACGAGAGAUACAUGGACAUGAUCCAAGAAAUGUCCGCCAGUAACAAAGGAACAGCACCAGAUAUGGGGGAUCUUAGUGAUUCUGACUGAGACUCCCGAUUCCCUCUCUGCAUAAUACGUAAACAUAAUGAUGACGGCAGUGUUACAUUCGCCAACGCUGAUCAUAUUUACAGAUGUUUUGAAAUGCUAUUGUCUGAAACACUGUUUUUAUAUGUGACAUUUUCUAUGGAAUAAUGUGUUGUGUCAUUGUUAGUUUGAACAAAAAAAAGUGUGCGACAGUCGUUUUGUGGCACGUGUUGAUGGUCUUUUACCAGUAAAUGAAAGGCUUCAUACUGGAUCAAGGGGGGGGGGGCAGGUCAUGGCUGUGUGUUUCACUCCAGAAGAUGGCGGUAAAUCAGCAAUACGCCCAUUUCUUGCGUACGUUCAAUUAAUGUACUUUUAAAAAAAAUGUCCUCAACCUGUUUACUGAUUCGUCUUCUAUGUAACUGGUGACGCUGUGUUCGUGUCACAGCACACGCUGAAUAAACAAAACUCUUGAGUGCG